ACCAGCGGCAGCAGCCGGAGCCGAGUCCGAGCCUGACAUGAUGUUUCCGCAAAGCCGGCACUCGGGCUCCUCUCACCUGCCGCAGCAGCUGAAGUUCACAACCUCCGAUUCCUGUGACCGGAUUAAGGACGAAUUCCAGCUCCUGCAGGCUCAGUAUCACAGCUUGAAGUUGGAAUGUGACAAGCUGGCCAGCGAGAAAUCAGAGAUGCAACGUCACUAUGUCAUGUAUUACGAGAUGUCCUACGGGCUCAAUAUCGAAAUGCACAAACAGGCUGAAAUUGUCAAGCGGUUAAACGGGAUUUGCGCUCAAGUCUUGCCCUACCUGUCUCAAGAGCACCAACAGCAGGUCCUGGGAGCCAUUGAACGAGCCAAGCAAGUGACCGCCCCAGAGCUGAAUUCCAUCAUCCGUCAGCAGCUUCAAGCUCACCAGCUCUCGCAGCUCCAGGCUCUGGCUCUCCCCCUGACUCCACUGCCCGUGGGCCUCCAGCCCCCUUCCCUCCCGGCUGUCAGCGCCGGCACCGGGCUCCUCUCGCUGUCUGCCCUGGGCUCCCAAGCUCACCUCUCCAAGGAGGACAAGAACGGGCACGACGGGGACACCCACCAAGAUGACGACGGGGAGAAGUCGGAUUAAAGUGAGGGGUUGGGGGGUGGGGGGGAAGAGGUGUUCAGUAAAAGAUGCAGUAUCACUCUAGUCAACGCUCCGCAGAACUGCAGUAGUCGGUACGGUGGCAGCCUGCCAGGCACACAACCCAUGCGGUGCGUGGCCCCCCCUCCCCCCAUGCCCAUGAUGGGGGGGGGGGGGGGGGGUCUCAGCAUCCAUCUCCCUUGAGAACGGAAUAGAAACGCGGCAGCAAUAAACGCCACCGCUACGAACACGGGGCUGUUAAAUUCCACUCUCCCCCAGCUCCCUCGCCGGCCUGGGCUCGCUCAGUCACUCCCGCACCGAGCGCUGCGGUCACCAGCUCUUGGCCCGCAGUACGUUGAUCUGACCCCGUGCUGGGCAGAUGGGCCCAGCCGUGUCCAGACUCCAUGUACUGCAUGCAAGCGCAGUGGCACCAUUCCCCCUCUCCCCGGCCCCGGUGCGUAUUUAAAGAUACAAACCCAUUCUCCAGCCCCGUUGUCCCUGCCCCUCCACGCCCCGACCUCUGUAGGUUUCGAUUGCGUCUCACUGGUUUGGGCCCUGUUCCGUCUCGGCACCCCCACCUGCACUAAUGCCAGUUCUGCACCUUGCUGUCCUGCAUGUAUCCCUGUUUAACCAGUCCUGGGAGCACAAUACUAGUCCAGUGCCCUCAGGUGCCAGGUGUGUCUCCUCGCGCUGCUUCUCCACUUCUAGCUGGAGUUCCCCCGCCCGCUGGCCCUCCUCAGCAGUGGACCUGGCUGUCUAAGAUGGUGGGAGGAAGGGAGGAGUGGGUGGUGGGGGGAGAAAUCAGACCAGCUUAGAACCUCCCUCUGCUUCCCUGCCCCCCACCAUUUGGAAAAGGAUACUGCAGCUUUCUCUGUUUCUAUUUCAGUGCGCUAGCGUGUCUUUCUUUUAAAAAAAAACAAACAAAAAAACAAAAUGGAAUUUAAAAAAAAAAAAAAAAGAAUCUCGUGUUUGUAUAUAGUCCUUUAGAGAGAAAUCUUGUUUGGCUUUUUGUGUUUAAUCACUCAACCUAUACUAAGAGGAACUGAAAAUGCUGUAUUGAGGAUGUUACUAGCUGUGCCUUUCAAAUAAAGAAAUAAGAAGGUUGGUUAAAA